AUGGACCAUCUAAGUAGUAACCAAAGUCUCGGGUUGAGCACGGAACAGACGGAGAAAGUACUUCAAUUUCAAGAACUAACAGCUAUAGAGGAUUUAACAAUAUGCAGGGACGUGCUACAAAGGCAUCAAUGGAAUCUCGAAGUAGCAGUUCAAGAGCAAUUGAACAUUAGAGAAGGCAGGCCAACUGUGUACGCAUCAGAGUCUAGGCCUCCUGCAAUAGUUAGUGAUCAUUUAGGGCAGCAUUUUUACUACUCACCACCUACAGAUGGGUCAGGUAGUGGGUUUAGAGGGAUUCUGAAAACAGUCAUUAAUUUUAUGUUGAAUAUGUGCUAUAAUACAGUCAUCACUUUAUUACAAUUAGGACGAAGACUACUAGGUAUUGAAUUAAGACCAAGAAGCAAUCCUGUUCAAGAUGUAAUGGAUUUUAUCAAAAUGUAUGAGGAUAAAUACUCAACUGAACACCCUGUAUUUUAUCAGGGUACUUUUUCCCAAGUUCUAAAUGAUGCAAAAAGAGAAUUAAGAUUCCUUUUAAUAUAUCUACAUGAUACAUCAGCAACAGACACUGACCUAUUUUGCACCGGUAGUCUUGGUAAUCAAGAAGUAAUGAGAUAUAUCAAUCAGACAUUUUUGUUUUGGAGUUGCUCAGCAGACUCUGAUGAAGGAAAGAAGACUGCAAAUGCAGUUAAAGCUAGCCAUUUUCCUUUUCUGGCUAUUCUGGUUUUAAAAGAAAAUAGAAUGACUAUUGUAGGUAGGAUAGAGGGUUAUUCUGAUUCCUCAUUACUGAAACAGAGGCUGACUUCAAUUGUGAAUGAAUAUGAAAUAAAUUUGGUGUCUGCCAGAGCAGACAGAUUUGAAGCUAGUAUUAACAGGUCUCUAAGAUGUCAACAAGAUGAGGCUUUUGAAGAAAGCUUAAGGGCAGAUCAAGAAAAGGAAAGAAGAAGAGAGGAAGAAAGAAUGGCUAAAGAAGCUGAAAUUCGUCAAAUAGAAGAGGAAAGACUGGCAGAAGAAGCACGUAGGGAACAAUUUGCACAGGAAAAAAUAAAUUCGUUGUAUAAAAUUCCUGCAGAACCUGAUGCUUUGCAUCCUGAUGCAGUACAUGUAGUUUUUAAAUUGCCAUGUGGCAGCAGACUGGAGAGACGAUUUCUCAAAACACAUUCCUUGGAGUCCAUUUUCUACUUUGUGUUUUGUAAUCCAAAUGCACCAGAUUGUUUCGAGAUAACAACAAAUUUCCCAAAAAGGGUUUUAAAGUGCAGACGGGAAAACAAUGAAAUUAUAGAGACAUUGGAACAGGCCGGUUUGAAAAAUAAGGAAGUGCUUUUCAUCAAUGAUUUGGAUGCAUAA